AAGGUCGGAACUGAGAUAUUUGCGCCGCAAUUCUGCAGCUGCCUUUCUCGCUAGUACUUCCACUAUGCCAUUGCGCGCCACCCAAGACCCCGCUGACGUUGAGUCGGUCAAAGAUGUCCCGGAAAAGUUCCUUGUGUUCUUCUCCUCCCGUGAUGAAACUGGAAGACUUUGGUGCCCGGACUGUGUCGCUGUCGAGGAUUUUAUCCAGCGAACGUUUGAACCUUCUGAUGCCCCCUCGGCUUUGAUCGUGUAUGUAGGUCAGAAGCCAGAAUGGAAAUUGCCUUCCAGUCCUUUCAGAGGACCUCCGUUCAACGUCGGAUCUAUCCCUACAGUUAUCAGGGUGGAUGAUGGAGCGAGACUUGUAGAUGGAGAGAUCCAGCAUGGUCUUGCUUCACUUCUCACCACAAAGGCAUAGCAAGCAUGUGGUACUUUCGUGACCAUUUGACGUCAAAUGCUAUGUGCUACCA